AUGAAUGAAAGUAUUGAGGAGAUAGAAAAGCUUUUAGUUAAACCCAAAGAAUGGAAGUAUGCUGGAGAAGUGGACAUAAAGAAAAGGCCAAAGAAUAGCUUGUUAGAACGAGAGGAAAUUGAUUUUAAGCAAGGGCCUCCACUCAUUCCGUUUUCAUCGAAGCAGGACAGCGAAGUAGAAAGCAUUACUUUGCAGAGAAUCAGAGAGGGGACAUUUGAUAAUCAUGAAUAUAACAUCAAGGAGGUGGUUGAGAUUGUGGAUGAGGUCCCUGAUACGGAAAAUCCAGAAUGCAAAGACAUUAUUUCUCUCUACAAUGAAAUUGAAGGAGAUCUUAUGCAGAUUGUUGACUUUGGAAACAACGGAUUUGUUCCCGAUUGUGAGAUAAGAAUUGUCCAGGGAAAAGAAGAUGGGUCUGGCCCUAGGAAGAAGCUUGAUGUUAAGUCACUGGACAGAAUUAGAAAUGUUACUGUUCUAAAAAAGAACUGA